AUGGCGAGUAAAUGCUCUACCGUUGCUGCACCCCUCCGACCAAAGACCUACUGUUAUGGUGUCAGAGAAGGUGGAGAUGCUGCUUUCAAAAAGGUAAAAGAACUGUAUAUGGCUGAGAAUGUCGCUUUGGAAAAAGACAUUCUUCGACGUGCUCUUGGAUGUCACAAGGAUGUCGUAGCUUUGAAAGAGCUUCUAUUCUUAACCAUUGAUCGGAACGCUGCAUUCGUGCGGCUUCAAGACGUUAGAGAUCUAUUUAACAGUAUCUCCGAAAACCCAGCCGGUCAAGAACUCAUACUCAACUUCUUAUUGGAGCGCUGGGAUGACAUAUACAACGGGUACACUGAAUUGUCAACAAUUAUUUAG